ACAUCACCUCCUCUACCUCCUCAACACAAAUUAAAUUGCUCCCAAAUUCUGAUCAAACUACCCAGUUGGGAUUCUCAAGUCCCAAUCAUAUCCCAUGGAAGCCAUGUUCAAGCUUCUCCUAGCUUUUUGUGUUUUAGUCUCCCUAUCUUCCUUCUCAGAUGCCCAAACAUGUUCCAGCUACACGUUCACCAGCAACAAUAACUUCAAUUCCUGCAGCGACCUUCCCUACCUCAACUCCUUCCUCCACUGGACCUUUGAGCAGUCCACGGGGAAGCUCACGAUGGCUUACAGGCACACAUCGGCGUCAACCACCAACUGGGUCGCCUGGGGCAUCAACCCGGACCUGUCCAAGGCCCAGAAGGCCAUGUCCGGCACACAAGCUCUUGUUGCCAUCCCUCAGACCAGUGGGGCACCCACUGUCUACACCACUCCGAUCACCGGAUACAGCCCGACUAUGGCCAACGGAAGUUUGAGUUACACUGUGACUGGCUUAUCGGCUGAGGUUCAGAGCGGAGAGGUGAUCAUCUACGCCACUUGGACCCUGCCGACGAAUACGACGUCGAUUCUUCAGGUUUGGCAGGAGGGUGCGGUUGUGAGUGGGAGCUUAACUCAACACCAAACUGCUGCGGCCAAUCUUAAUGCUCAGGGGACUUUGGACUUGCUUUCAGGCCAGACAGCCUCUUCCGGCGGGGCGAGCUCCACACUUAGGAAGAAAAACAUUCAUGCAGUGCUAAAUGUAGUGAGUUGGGGUAUCUUGAUGCCUUUUGGAGCCAUGGUAGCAAGGUACUUGAAGACAUUCAAAGCUGCAGACCCGGCAUGGUUUUACCUCCACGCCGGUUGCCAGACAUCUGCCUAUAUUGUUGGUGUUGCUGGAUGGGCUACCGGUAUUAAACUCGGUAGCGAUUCUGCUGGUAUCCAGUAUGACACUCACAGAACCAUUGGGAUUAUCCUCUUCUGCCUUGGAACACUUCAGGUGUUUGCUUUGCUCCUGAGACCCAACAAGGAUCACAAGUUCAGACUUUACUGGAAUAUCUACCAUCAUCUUACCGGUUAUCUUGUCAUAACUCUCAGCAUUGCCAACAUCUUCAAAGGGUUUGACAUCUUGAAACCAAACAAGAACUGGAAGAAUUCAUACAUUGGCCUCAUCAUUGCCUUGGCUGUCCAGGCUAUUUUGUUGGAAGCUUACACAUGGUAUGUUGUAGUGAAGAGGAAGAAGGCUGAAAAGGCGCACCACGGCGUGAAUGGUGCCAACGGCUAUGGUGCUUAGAGAUGGGAGAUUGCAGAACGUAUAGACUGGCAUGAAGGGAGGAAGUGGUUCUUUUGUGUGUCUUCCUCCUCUUUCAUCUUCCUUCUGCUUACACGUUCUUCCACCCUUUUGUAUAAUUAUCGCUUAGGGCGUGUUUAGGUAACAUUUAUGUACCGAGGGAGUUCAGGAUUUAGAGGUAGAGAUUUGAUAUAUUUGUCACUUACUCAUUACACUUAUUUCUCUCCUUGCUAUAUUGAUUUAAUUAUUCCAAUUUA